AUGGUAUUCAAACGACGCUUCAGAGAUGUGAUUAGUCAAGAAAAGUAUGUCAAAAGGUUGAUGAAUGCCUAUCAGAGCGAUCGACUGAAGAAUCGACUGAGAAUACGACGGAAACGAGAUAGUGGUAUAUUGGGAGAUUGUGUCAAAAGUGUGUGUAUGCAAAAGAGAAGUGGCAUGGAGAGGUAAGUGCAAUAUAUUAGGCUAUGUUACAUAUAUAUAUUAGUAAAGCAAAGUACCCUACGCUACCCUACAUUGCGCUAUAGCGCGCUACCUUAUUAUGCUUUACCCUACCACAUCUUACUCUACUCUAUCCUACCCUACUCUUUCUUUGCCCCAUCCUACCCUAUCUUUCUCUAUUGUACUGCACCUUAUCCUUGAUCUAUUUUAAUUCCCCCCCCCCAGCCCACGGCAUCCUAUCUUACUUUAUUCUAUUAUUUUCUAUUCUAUCAUAUAAUACUCCUCCAAAUAUUUUACCCAUGCCACAUAUAAAAACAUACGAAAAGUAACUUUGCCCAUAAACAUAACUUGUCUUAUGUUUUCCGCGGAUGCAUAAGUCAAUUACUAUGGCGCAUAAAAAACAAGACAUAAAGCAGUGUUUUGAGUACAUUUGAAAUGUUCUAAGUAGCCAAAUAAUCUUUUUACUUUGUGAUUAGCAUGAGCUUACUAUGACAUUUACUGUUCUUAAUUCCUUGAGUUAGCCAUGACUAACCUCAUGACUCUUAAGUACUAGGUUUUUUAGCUAUAAAAUGACGUUUUAAGGUUAUGGCGAUGCUAAUUUUGAAAAAAAAAUGUUUUCCCUUGCUUUUUUUUUAAAGUUAGGCCUUCUUCUACCCUCAUUACCCUUAUCCCCCCCCCCCUUCUCUGUCUUAUGAAAAAAGUAAGACCUCAAACUCAGCCGGCUCUACAUUAAUGUAUCUUUAUAAAGAAGUACUAUAAUAUAUCGUACAUAAAUGCCUAAAUAUUUAAGCACUAAUUAGUCUUACAUCGCCUUAAAAUGUGACAUUUGAUACGCAAAACAAAGAUUUUCUAAAAUGAUAGAGUAAAAACAUUGCCAAACUAUGAAAAAGUAAAGAAAACAUGUUCAAAUGUACAUAACACGAUUGCAUGCUAUGUUGAAAUGAAGUAAAUAUCAUUCAUUAUUGUGAGCACAAUUUCAUGAUGUCUACUACAACAUGUAAAGAUGUUUUGUAUUAGAAAAAUCUUAUAAUUAAUAGGCUUUAUAAAAAAAAUUAAAUUUCUUAAGCCUAUAGUAUUAAAUCGUUCAAAAUGACGUUUCGUAUACCUCUCCCCUCCCUACAUAGUGCCAUUUCUUAUACACGCCCUCCCCUUUCAACAUAAUGUCAUUUGCUCUAUCUGUAAUUUAACCAAACAUAACUCAUCCGCGUGCCCCUAGCUAUAAAUUUACUGAAUUCAAAAUGUAAACAACCAUAUAAGGUUUUUCUGGCCAAGCUCAAAACCGACAUUAAAUCUGAGCCUUACACGCCUCGAGUAAUUUAAAUUCUAAUGAGUUUUCAGAGCAAACCACGAGCAGCUAAAAGCCUUCUAUCGAAAACUAAUUGGACAAUGUAUAAUAUCAGGUGGCGGUGGAACGGUUCAACGAAACGCCAGACAAGGUAAAGCAUGUUUGAGUGGUUGUAUGUUUAAUAUAAGGAAGACACUAUAAUGUGAAUAUGUGUAUAGUUAUAUAGCUAUAAAUAUACUACAAUAUAAGUAGAAAACCUACCAUAAUAUAGAUGUAGGUAUAGGCGUAAACUUCCUCCAUAAAGCGGUAGUUUAGGUAUUAAAUAUAUCUUAUGUCGACCUUUACACUACUAUAAUAAUAUUAAAAAACACUCUACUAAAUAACGUAAAUUACUUCAACAUACCCUAUAGUAAAUUACUACAACAUACCCCAUAGUAAAAAACUACAACAUCUCUUAUCAUAACACCGUAAUUAGCUACGUGAUUACCCAAACUUUGUACUUCGUCGUAUGUUAGCUGACUUCGUAUGAUAUAUUAAUAAUUGCAUGCAAUUAAAAUAAGUCCAUGUUAAUAGCAUACUAAUCAGAGCCUAUGUCAGUAAAGGAAGUAAAAGUAAAACAAGAGUUAACUUUCGAAAAAACAGCUGUCAUACAAAGAAAGGUAAUGACUGGCAGCUACAAACGUUAAUACUUAUGUACCAUGUUAUUAAAAGAGUACUCUCGCAUCACAUGCAGUUGUAGUUGGGGUUAAUUAUCAUUGUGCUAAUAGAGGUGGUUGUAUUGUACUUUAUAAGUGGUACCAUUUAAAAAUAGGCAUAAUAAUGUAUUAAAAUUAUGGAAUAGAUCUAUUAAAGUUAUUUUCGAUUGUAGGAUGAGGACGAAUAGAGAAAAGAUAGUGAUAAAUACUUCCUAAAGUCAAGCAGGCAACCAUAGUUUAGAAGGUAGAUAAGAAGAAAAAAUAUCUCAUCAAAAAACAUUAACCUUUACCUAAAUUAACUCUAAAACUUCAGAACCCCGCCUAAAAGAUGACUGUUUUGAAAGAACAGAAGGCAAGGUUUUGAUUGGAAUAUCAGACCAAGAUAUCAAGGAUGUAUCAUCUCCUCAAGUAUGCGAGCGAUUAUGUGCUACAGCCAAGAAAGACCUCGACUUUACAUGCAAAUCGGCCAUGUUCUACAAGAAAGAACAGGUAAAUUUCAUUUAUUUUGCAGUAGAAAUGGUAAACUAAUUUGUAAAAUUAAAAAAAUAAAUUGCUUUAGAUGAUUAGAUGUAGUAAAACACAAUAAGACUGGUCGUUUUGGUUAGAGGGGGAUAAUAUGUAGGCAUAAGUAUAGCCUACCCUACCCUGCUCUACUGUACCUUACCCUAGGCCUAUAUAGCCUUACACUAAGUCUAUUUUACCUUAACUUACUCUACGUAACCUUACUUUAGGUCUCGUUUACAGUACCAUAACUUGUCCUAAAUACAACGCCAUUUUGUCAUGUGUAGUACUUUACCAACUAUAACAUAAGAUAUAAAAAAACAACAAAAUUUUUCCCAAAUUUUCCUCAAAACCUCAAAUUAGCCCAAAAUAAUUACAGCGCUGUAAACGUAACCCAAGACUUUAAGUAAACAAUGGCAUUUGAAUUCGAAAUUAACUAAAUUAGUUUUCAAAAAUUUAACUAUUAAUAUUAAAGUAGCACAUGUGCAAAACAUAAUGUUGAAUAUUAUAUACACAGAGUAGCCUACAUACGUUGUAGCGGACAUAUAUACAUAUUAAUAGUUUUAAAAAAAGAUAAAAACUUUUGUCGCUUUUCAACGAAGAAAUAAAUAUAAAGUAACGCCAAGACUUUUUUACAAUCUUACAACGCAUUUUAAAGUAAAAAAUGCCAUUAUAUACCAAACAAUGCCAAUAUAUAUCAAAAAAAUGUCAAAAUAUACCAGACAUACCCAAAAAAGCCAAAAUAAACUUUGUGUUUUAUUAAUUACUACGGAAGAACAUGUGCAACAAUGUAAGCGCUAAUUACCGUGCUGUAAUAUUAAACGGUUUCUGUUCUAGGAAUGUAUAUUAGCAUCAGAGAACAGAGAUACCAUGCCAGAACUGUACGUAGACGAUGAAAACUCUAUCUACAUUCAUAACAAAUGUGUCGACAAAGGUAAGGACAGUUACUGUAGUUCAUAUAUACAAAGCAAAGUUACAGGUAGUAAAAGUUACAGUAAGAAAAAGUUACAGUAAGAACAAAUUACGGUAAGAACAGUUACAGUAGUCCAUGUUAUAAGUACUGUAGUUUUAAAGCUAUUUAUUGUAAAAUACGCCUCAUUUUCUUCACGUGCUAAUACUACUAACUGUUCUAUCACUAUCAAUCCAAAUUAGGAUUACUGUAACUUUUAUCAAUUACCAAAAAAUUUUAAAUUUUAAAACUAAAUCAAUUUGAAUUACAGAACCCCCACCCCAGACAACCCAACAAACACCUCAAAUUCCUUUUACGACCACACUGCCACUAAUUACAACACAAAAUGUAAACCUCACGAAACCCAAACAUGUAAAUAUUCAGCCCUCCGGCUACGAUAGUAAGUAAUUCGGCAGACAUUCACAGACAAUUCAAAACGUAUUGGCAUGCAAUGUACAAAUGAAUUUUCAUUUUUUACACAAAAAGUUGAAAUUUUAGUUGAAAAAUCAUUUUAAAAGUACAUUUUUUACAAUGUAACAGCUUGAACAUAUGAAUGUAAUCAUAACUUUUAGAGAAGACAAAAGAAGAAACUGAGGAACAACCAUUCGAAGCUGAUCCUGACAACCUUUUUUGUAAGUUUUUAACUAAUUUGCCCUACCCUACCCAACACUACUCCAUUCUACCCUACCUUACUCUAUCUUACCCUACCCUACUUUAUUAUACCCUAUUAUGCCCUACACUAUCAUAUCCUAUCUUGCGACAUUCUACUCUACGCUAUCCUUUUCUAUCCUACCCUACCCAACCCUUUCGCAAAAAAAAAUUAAUUGUAAAACUCCAUUUUUAGACGGUAUUCAGCCACCAAAGCCAAAAGCGGUAAUACCAGAUGAAGUUAUUGACAGUUAUGGUAUGACGAACACUUCUACCGACACAAAAGAUGACAAUUAUAAGCAAACACCUGUAAUUCCAGACAAAUAUGGCCAUAGGCGGUUCUUAGACGAAGCUCCUAUUAUCGCUCCAAAGUGCUUCACGUAAAAGCUUUAAAAUUUAAAAAAAUACCCCUACCAGUUUUUAAAAACCUUUUUUCUUACCAAAGCCUUCUACCCUAUCUGCCCCUCUCAAGCUCACCCCUCCGCACCCAUUUCGAAAAAAAACUUGAAAUUUCAGUCGCUUCCAACCCCUGCACGUGCGUUCGAUUCGCUCGCGUAACGCCACGUCUCUCGAAGAGUGUGCCAAUUUGUGUUUGAAAUGUUACAGUUGCCUUAAGGGCCUUAAGUGCGGCGUCGUCGGCUUUUCAAAGUGAGUUAAUUCAACGGAAUUACCUUAAUAUACACCACGACGUAGAUGCCAAAUUAAGAAACAUUCGCAAGAGAUUUCUGAUGUCUUUCGUGAUGACAUAACUUUUUUAUUUAAAAAAAAGUCUUAAAAGUUUAAUAACGGAAUUAAGUAGGGUAAGAUAGAGUAGGUUAAAGUUGGGUAAAGUAGGGUAGAGGUUAGGGUAACGUAUACUAGGGUAGAGUAUGGUAGGAUAUGGUAGAGCUGGGUAGAACAGAAUAACUUGGAAACAGAGCAAAGUGAACAAUAAAUAAAAGUAAAUUUUUAAAAAUUGUAAAAUACGAAUUCCUAUCAAAUACUAGUCAUAUUUUCAGACAUUUUGGCCAAUGUGUCCUAGCACAGACCGACCUGCGUUGGCAGAUCAAGAGUACGGCCAAGUUGAGCGAGUUUGUCUAUUUUAAACGUGAUGAUUGUUAA